AUGCAGUCGGCACGGAGACAAGCCGACGAGAAGAAGGCCAAGCUCAACCGCUCCUACCAGGAGCUCCUCGAUGAGUUCUCCAACAAGGACCUCAAGACCGUCGGCAACUACCAGCUCGGCCGCCUGAUCGGCAAGGGCUCCUUCGGCAAGGUCUACCUGGCCUCGCACAAGCUCACAAAUGGAUCCAAGGCAUGUGACGGAUGCGAUGUCGUGCUCAAGUCGGCGAAGAAGGAUGACUCCAAUCUCGCCAGGGAGAUACACCACCACCGCCAAUUCGUACAUCCGCACAUUGCCCGGCUGUACGAGGUGGUGGUGACCGAGAAUCUGGUGUGGAUGGUUAUGGAAUAUUGCUCAGGCGAGGAACUCUACGACUACCUCCUCCGACACGGAAAGCUGCCCGUCGACAAGGUCCAGAAGAGCUUCACCCAGCUGGUCGGUGCCGUCGCCUACGUCCACCAGCAGAACUGCGUCCACCGCGAUCUCAAGCUCGAAAACAUCCUGCUCGACAAGAACGAGAAUGUCAAGUUGCUGGACUUUGGCUUUGCGCGAGAGUACGAAGGCAAGACCAACUACCUACAGACCUUUUGCGGGACAAUAUGCUACUCGGCACCGGAGAUGCUGAAAGGAGAGAAAUACGCCGGAGAAAAAGUGGAUGUAUGGAGCUUGGGCAUCAUACUCUACGCUCUGCUAUGUGGAGAGCUGCCCUUCGACGACGAUGACGAUGACACCACCCGGCGGAAGAUCCUUUCCGAAGAGCCUAGCUACCCUGACCAUAUACCCGCCGACGCCCUGUCCCUACUGAGGCAGCUGCUAUCGAAACGACCGUUCCCUCGACCGUCCUUAUCCGACAUCUUGAACCACCCAUUCCUCUCUGAACACGCGCCGGAGCAGCAAGCCAUUCUCAGCAAGGAGCGACUCGAACCAUUUAGCUCAGCCUUGGAAAGAGAUUGUCUGCACCGAAUGAAGAGUGCUGGAGUGAACAUUGACCAUGUGAUAGAAUCUGUCCUGGCUCAGAAAUGCGACACCCUCGCAGGCUGGUGGACGCUUCUGCUGGAGAAGGAGGAGCGCAAGCAAAAGAGGAGAGAGAGGAAGCGCAAGGAGAAGGAGACCGACCGUAGGGGCUCGCGUCGCUUCUCCCAGGCCUCAAGCCGCCUCGAGCGCCUGGCUCCAGUGGGCGAGGAGGGAUCGUUCGUUAAGCUCGGGGACCCACCUCCGCCUAGGCCACGGGGCCGCUCCGAGAGGAGAAGCGGGUACUAUCCCGAGUUCCAGAUCACGGACCUUCCCGGGCUGCCGGAGACGGGCAAGUCAACCAUCACCCUCAGCCCUGACACAGAGAACCCGCCGCCACCGAUAGACAAGGACUCGAUCCGAUCCGUCAGCACGUCACGCAACCGAAGGCCCAUACCACCACCUAAGGAGGGUGUGCCUGGCGUGCUCCGUAGCGCGAGGUCUAGAGGUUCGACACUACACCUCGUCACGACGAGCGAUGCGCUGGGAAGCAGAAGCGGCAGCCGCGGCUUGGAUUCGGAGAUGACACCGCAGCAGAAAGUGCGCAAGAGGCCGUCUCAGGGUAUAAUGGCACACUGGAAAAAUCUUACCAACUGGCUCGUCGAAAGUACUCGGCGUCAUAAGAACGCAAAUAGGAACCAGAGCCACUCAACUCCCGAUCUACGUGCCAAGAGUCGUGCUGGGAGGGACGGCAAGCUAUCCAAGGAAAACAGUCCCAGGCCGCAUACCGGGAAGAACCUUCCAACACACGCUCCGCAAGCAGCUGUGUCACAGCUUCCUCAAAAUCUAGUUGUAAACGGUUUUGCACGGAAACCUGUUGGGUCAUCGGGGCAAGGGCAACAGACGACCGACGCCAUCAGCACCCCAUCCACUCCAGGCUUCUCCACCUCCGGCGGCCCAUCAGUCCAUCGCCGUGUGCCUACUGGGCACUCUUACAAACGCCAGUCUCUUUCGCCAUCGCCUAUCACGCCACGAUCUGCCAUUCGACGCUCUUCGGCAGGCCUCCGUGGGCGCAAGUCGACGUCGUCGUCGGUGUCCUCCGUCAGGUCCAUGCAUCACGCCCAUCACCAUACCCACUCCAAGGCGUCAUCCACAUCGUCCACUAAUUCUGUUUCAACCAACAUGUCAAAAACGCCGAUGCAAACAGGCCGCAGCCCUCACCAUUCCGUCAAAGUUCUACCAGCCACACCCACCAGCAAGACAUCCUUUCCCAGCAACAUCCGACUCGUCCGAGGUGCCGGGCCUCCACUGGCUCUGUACAACGAAGCGGCGCCAGGCAGCGGCAGUGGCACCGGUCGUACCGGUGGCAUGUUAGCGGCGAGCCCCAUGAUCCCACAAGCUCCUGGAUCACCAAACCCGUUCGCUUCGUUCGGCGAGCGCAGCAUGCCCUUCUUCGCGAAACGCAAGAGGAACGUCUUCAAGGGCCCUUCCUUGGCCUUCGGUGGCGGCAACAGCAGCCGGAGCGCUAGCGGAAGCAACGCGGGCGGCACGCCGUCUCACAGCCGCAGCGCCAGUGGCGAGCGCAUGGGCGGGGGCCGGCGCAGUGGUGAGAUCGCCGCGGUGCAGGAAGAGGACGAGGAGGAAGCGCUGGAAAUGGAAGAUGAUAUGCUCGAGGAGGAUGAGGACGAGGAUGACCGCGACACCGUCAAGUUCCGCAGCCUGGCCGAGGAGGACGAAGAGGUGGAGGAGGUGGAGAGUUUCACCCCUGUGGUCAAAGGGCCCGGCGAGCAGGUCGAGGAGCGGAUCUUUGAGCCGGGUGAACUGGAGAAGGCCCAGAACGGCGUCAACAGGGGUGCCAACAAUGCGACAUCCUCCCCUAGUCAUAACGCGGUUACUGCGACUGGCACUGCGGCUGCUGUGAGGUGA